AUGGAUGAAAAUGAUCCAGCAGCUACCGCCAAUACUUUCCAGCAUACAUCAAAUCAGCACUCUUCGUAUAUUGGGGCAAUUACCGCGGGCGGUCGGUCCAUUGUAUACCAAAUGACUUCUUUCUAUCUACGGACGCCGUUAAAGCUCUUCAGACCCGCACGAUUCGAUUACUUACACUACCUCAGAGUUAUAUUAACUGGUGAAGACGGCUCGAAUCGUCAGCACUCUGCAUUCAAAAGUCCAUCAAGAUUUUGGAAUCCAAAAUACAUUUACUAUCUGGAGAAUUCUUCGAUUGGUCUUCUAACCAAGGCUUUAAAUAAAUACGGCUGGAGGGUGAUUCCAGAUAGAGUAUUACCUCCUUUGAUAGCAAAUUCAGCAACAGGAGUUGUUCUGUAUACUACUUAUCUGACUGCUCUGAAUCAUCUCUCAGAUCAAGAGGCCUCAUCUCAAAUACAUAGUCCCUUGGACGUCGCACGCGCUGGAUUUAUCGCAGGAACAGCGCAAGCAAUUGCCUCGGCCCCAAUCGAUGCCAUUUACACACGGUCAUCUGUAAACGAGCUUUUGUCGAGUGCCAAAAAACACAAUAACCUUUGGUUAUAUGGACUUGAGAAGCUUAAAGACAUUGGAUUAAUAGGUUGCUUCGGAGGCUUUGGACUUUCUCUGGCUAAAGAGUGCUUUGGGUUUGCAGCAUACUUCACAACCUUUGAACUGAUAAAGGGUCAAGUGUGUAACAGAGUUAUCGACCUAAUAAAACAAUAUCGUGAAUUAAAACACAUGAUAAGACAUUCCAAGAUUGCAACCAUUUUCCAAGACGAUAACCCAGACGACAACAACAGUCACAAGGUUUCUUUCAUGAGCCAAAGGGAAGAACGAUGGCUCCAUAAAUUAUUUCUUUUCACGGGCGGUGUCAGCGCAGCUUUACUUCUCCAAACCAUACAAUAUCCCUUUUUGAAAUUGCAGAAGAUACACUUGUCCCGAUUGGAAGCAUUUGACAUGUAUACUAAAGCAUCAUCAUCGGCACCGACACACAUAGCACCUCAAUACUCAACUUCUAAGGCUGAGCUUUGGACUAGAAUCAAAUUACGUCCCAGUAAUCAAAGGCUUUUCUACAUUUACUACAACUCUUACCUGGACACAUUCCAUCAUGUUUAUUUCCUGCACAAAAAUACUGGUUCUCUUUGCAGAUGGCUGUAUAAAGGGUUCACGAGGAACACUCUGGCAAUAAUCCCAGGAACCACGGCUGGUCUUCUAUUACUGGAGUACAUGAGAAAUUCGCUGAGUGAUGAUUUGGGUACCCGGAAUGAAAAACUUUUGACUUAA